UUAAAAGCAAAACAAAAAAUUCAAAAAAAAAAAUCGCCUGAAAUUGCAAUAUUUGUAUAAAAGGCAGCCACAACAGUUUGCACGCAGAUAAUUUCAUUUUAAUAUUCAUUGCAAACACACACGCAAACUGCACACAGCUCGCGCGGUUAACGGCAACCACGACAAUUGGCAACAACACACUAGUGACAGUUUUCAAUAAAUAUUAGUACUAAGUACUUACGUUUUUUUAAUUUAUUUUUUUUUUUUUAGUGAAAAUUGCGACCAUUAAGAUAACGAAAGAAUCAAAAGGGCAUUUGCAACAAGUGAAAAAGUACAAAUUAAUAAAAAUUAAUUUUUGCAACAAAAUCACAAAGUGAUAAUAUACAAACUAAUACAACAGUUUUCAGCUAGCUUAUCAAGCAAUUUAUUUAACGUGUGCAUUUCAUAUAAAAGAAAAAAAGCAUCAAUAAUGAGCAUAAGCUUCGCACGCCAACUGUCGGAAAUGAGCGCCAGCGAACUAAAUGACGCCAUUGACGACACCAAUUUCCCGCAGGCGCAUAUCCUGUCACGUGGCCGCAACAACAGCGUCUGCUCGACCAGUUCGGCUUCCGGCAUAACACCGCUAAUGGAUCGUGCACUCUCGCAAACAGAUGAAGUGGUCGGCACCACGACCGUGGCCAAUGCCGUUGCCACACCCGCCACACCGAAUGGUGGCAAUGUUGUUGGUGGUGGCGUUGUUGCUGAUUUGAGUAAUUCUGUAACGAAGGAUGCAAUGAUAACAACGCCACCUGUGUCCUUUACGCGCCCAAAGCUAAUGCUUAAGACAAAUGGCAUUAUACCAGAGCACGAGGCGGACGCACCGAUGACGCCAAAAACGCCGCGCACAUCAACUACACCAGGCCAUGAACAUUGCACAUUCCAUCACGAUCUCGAGCUGGAUCACAAACCACCUACACGCGAGGCGUUACUACCCGAAUUGUCGCGUUCAUAUCGUCUAUUGCUGAGCGGGCUUGGUGAGAAUCCCGAACGACAGGGCUUGCUGAAGACACCCGAACGCGCCGCAAAGGCUAUGCUAUUCUUUACAAAGGGUUACGAUCAAAAUUUGGAAGACGUUCUCAAUGGCGCUGUCUUCGAUGAGGAUCACGAUGAAAUGGUCGUAGUAAAGGAUAUCGAAAUGUUUUCCAUGUGUGAGCAUCACAUGGUGCCGUUCUAUGGAAAAGUUUCUAUUGGCUAUUUGCCUUGCAAUAAGAUUUUGGGACUCAGCAAGUUGGCAAGAAUUGUGGAGAUCUUUUCACGUCGUCUACAAGUGCAAGAACGUUUGACAAAGCAAAUCGCCGUUGCUGUCACCCAGGCUGUGCAACCAGCUGGUGUUGCUGUCAUCAUUGAGGGAGUUCACAUGUGUAUGGUGAUGCGUGGUGUGCAGAAGAUCAAUAGCAAAACUGUCACCUCGACAAUGUUGGGUGUUUUCCGCGAUGAUCCUAAAACCAGAGAGGAGUUCUUAAAUCUUGUGACCAGCAAAUAAACGCACCUUUGAAAUUGAAUGAACUUGCUGAAAUUUAUUCCAGUGAAUGCAUAUAGAAGGAAAUUUUUUAAUGAAUGCUGCUUAUAUUUACAUAUACAUAUAAUAUUUUAAAACGUAUACACAUACCUAGAUUUAAGAUGCUGUUUGCAAAUAAAGAUAUAUGUUUCAAUAUAUAUACAUAAAUACAUACGUAAAUGGAAAGUAUAUAGAAAACUUUAACACACUAUAAAAAAGCCAGAGAGAGAAUUGUAUUGUACUUAAGCGAGGAACACCAAAAUCAUUCAAAACGUGUAUGAGUAAAUAUUUUCUGACAACAUAGAAAAAUAUUAAAAAUAUAACUUAAUAUCUUAAAGGAGAAUAGGGAAUUUUAAAAAUAAACUGUGAGAAGUAAAAUUACGAAAUAUUUAAUGAGAGUAAAUGAAAAGGUAGAAAGAAGCAAAUCAAAAUUAGCAUAAUAAAAAUAAUAGCAAACUGAUUUCAUUAAAACUAAAACUAAAAAAGCAACGAAACUUAGCCAAUAUACAAAUUAUAUAUGUAUGUACAUAAUUUUGUAUUAAAAAUUAGAAACUAUAAAUUUUUGACAAUGUGCGCUAAAUAUAAAAUAUUUUAAACAUUGCGUAGUUUACAUUAUUUUGAUUUAAUGGUUUUCCGCACGCAAAAAGCCUUUGAAAAGCUAAUUUAAAUAUACAUAAAUAUUAAUAAAUAUUAUUUUGUACAAAACUACACCACGGUUUGGAGAGAAACAGGAGGAACAACUUUAAGAAUAAUCGACUUGCCAUUAAUGAUUUACACCGAUUGUUAAGCAAAUAAAAAAGGCUUGUUUAAAUAAUAACGAAACAACAACAAUAAAUGCAAUCGGAUAUUUUCCAAAAAAAUUUUCCUAAAUAAAUACAAUAAUAUUAUUGUUAAUACUAACUAUUAUACAUAUGUAUGUAUACAUAGUGAAAACGAAACUGAAGGCAUAACGUUCAAAGAUUGAUCAAAAUAUCUUUGGCUGCUGCAAAUCGUUUAGGGAAUUUACACAAUCAAACGAGUUUACAAAUAAAAAUCGGAUAUUAUAUUUACAAAACAAUAUAUAUAAUUAUUAAAAACGAAAGAAAUGUGUAUUUAUAAUAAUAAUGCAUUACAAAUAUUUUUAAAGUAAAAAUACAUAAAACCUUGGCUUUUUGACAUGCAAUUGUCUAGAAAAAAAUGGCGCCAAAUAAAAACGUUAACAAUUUACGUUAAUGCAAACGUACAUACAUGCAUCCAUACUUCGAGAAAUUCGUAUGAUAUAUUUGUUGUUGUUCAUUGUUGUCAUUAUAAGUAUAAAAAAAUUAUAUAUACAUACAUACAGAUGUUCUAUACUAUGUUAAUUCUCGAGAUAUUUAAAAGUGAAAUAUAAAUAAAUUGUUAUAGAAGCAAGUGUAAA